GAACAGGCCCGACUAAGACGAAGUCCAGCAUGCAAUUUCUCUGCCAAUUUACCUCAGCAGCUUCCUGCAGGUCUCACUCAUGCUUGGCAUGUCUUUUCAUCGUUAUCCUGUACUCUGGAGGAGUUUCAUCCCUUUACGGGCCUGCUGUGGCCACAGGCCUCGGUUCUGCUUUCUCUGCUGCGCAGACCAGCAGCGUGGUGGGAGGCAAGCAGAAAGCAGUGACUUUCAACAAGCUCAUGGUCAACACCGGAAGGGACUUCAAUCCAGACACAGGGCACUUCCGCUGCCGCAUCCCUGGGGCUUAUUAUUUCUCCUUUUCUGUGGGGAAGUUCCCCAGUAAGCUGCUCUCUGUCAUCCUGGUGAAGAAUGGGGAGGAGGUGCAAGCCAUUGCUUAUGAUGACUACCGCAGGAUAGGCAGGAAAGUGCAAAGCCAGAGUGUGAUGAUCAGUUUGAAGGAAAUGGACACUGUGUGGCUGCUUUUGCAGCAGAAUCCCCAGUAUGCUGUGUACAGCAAUGCUGGCCCUUACAUCACCUUCUCUGGUUAUCUGGUCUACCCGAAGCUCCAGCCAACCAGUUACCUCAGCAAUCACCUCUCCUCACCAGGUCUGUAUUAUCCCGAUUGCCCACCUCAGGCUGAACCCCAGAGCGCAGGUCAAGAGGCGGAGCAGCCGCAGUCAGCCUUCUCAGUGGCUCGGACAUCCACUUUCAUGGGUCAGAGUGACGGGCACCACAACAAGCCUCCCCUGACCUUUGACGUGGAGUACGUCAACAUUGGGGACCACUUCAACAAAACCUCAGGCCUGUUCACCUGCCACUUCCCUGGGGUGUACUUCUUUGCUUUCACAGUGGGGAAGCACCCUCGUAAGGCCGUCUCUGUGAAGCUGAUGACCGGAAGCGGGCAGGUGCAGGCCAUGGUGUUCGACGAGGACACGUCCAAGAGGAGAGAGAUGCAGAGUCAGAGCUUAAUGCUGCAGCUCAACAGGGGGGAAACGGUGUGGCUGUACAGCCAGCAGGACAAGCGCUACGCCGUUUACAGCAACCAAGGGAGAUACACCACCUUCUCCGGCUUCCUGGUUUAUCCGUCUGCAGAAACAACGGCAGACAGAACCGGCCUAUAAACAGCUCUGCCGUUAGUUCAGUCUGUAGUAAAUUGCUGGUUCUGUAGGUAGAGUAAGUAAUUUAACAUAACUUGAGUUUGUAGAGUUUGCUUUGGUUCCACAUGUUGCAUUUUCUUCUGGAUUAAUCCACCAGAUGGUGCUAUGAGACAGAGUCGUGGACACUGCCCAGCAGAUUCUGUCACUUGAAAAUGCAAUUUUCUCCAGUCUUUAAUAUAAAAUCUUUUUUUUCCCAACAUUUGCUACUUAGGUCCUUUGCAUUUAGAAGCAAUAAAACAGUGCUUUCUAUUCAUAGAAAAGUGU